AUGGACAGGAGCAACAUCCCCGCCGGCGCAAAGACCACCUCCAUCCCUGUUCCGCACCAGCAGCUCAGCCGCUCCAUAGACGGUCCUCAGUUUCAUGGGAACAUGGACGGACAGUGUGCCGGGUCCUCCAAAUUCUUACUGGCUUACAAAAACGCGUCGCAGCACCUCAGUUCAUCGGGAAUAAAAUCAGGCUUGGGGAUACUUAAAGUGGCCACGUCUCAGUGGAAACAGGAGAAGAAGACGCGUUCAGAGUCAGCCAUGAGGCAGCUCUCCUCUGCUAACAGUAGUCAUCCCUGCAAGCGAUCCCCGCUGGAUCAGCUGGCAGCUCUGGUUCUGCACGGUCAAGCCCGGCAGCGCCAGAUUGCCCAAGAGCACCGACAAGACCCCCCUCACUCCACCAAGCCACAGAACAGUAAGCGCAUCGUGGUUCUUGGUGCGCCACGGGUAGGAAAGACCUCCAUCCUCAGGAGAUAUCUUCGGGACGGAUUUGUGGAGGACUACAACCCCACUUCAGAAGAUUUCCUCAGGAAACUUUUUCGUAUUCGAGGAGAGACUUACCAAAUCGACAUCCUGGAUGCAUCCAAGGAGAGGGAUUUCCCAGCCAAGCGGCGGCUAUCCAUCCUUACUGGAGAUAUUUUCCUCUUAGUAUUCAGUCUGGAUGACCGGAGCUCUUUUGAAGAGGUGUGCGCCCUGCGAGGGGAGAUCCUGGCUGCUAAAUCCAAACUCACCAAAUCGUCUGCGCCAGAUCAGUGCGCACAGCUGCAAGUUCCGCUGGUGAUCUGCGCCAAUAAAGUGGAUCUCCUGGAGUCAGAGAGGGCAAUAUCGAAAGUAGAGGUGUUCCAAGCUUUCGGUGAGGACUGUGCAUAUUUCGAAACAUCUGCAAAGGACAGUACAAAUCUCGAGAAAGUUUUUGAGACUUUGGCAAAGCGAGGAGGGCUCCCUACUGAAACGGGCCCGUCCCAGCACCGCAAAGUCUCCCUCAGGUCGUACCAGGCAAUACGCACAGGCCGUGCGUCGGGAGAAAGAGGGAGCAAGAACCAGGGGGGCGAAGAUGCAUGCGGUGCCCUGUACCCACUGGCCCGGCGGCCGAGUUUUAGCACGGAUCUGCGACAAGUUAUUGGGCCACAUGUGGCAAGAAAGCCUGGAAAACCACUGGAAAAAUGUCAAAUUCAGUGAAAGACUCUUAGAG